UGUAUUUUUAGAGACCUGGCCCGAGCCCCCUCCUUCCUCUCCCCCGGCCGGACCUGUUCUUCUAAUGGGAGAUUAUGGAUUUGCAUUGCAAUUGGCUAGUGGCGGUGGCUCUGGAUUUUCGCAAGUGAAACACCCGCCCGCUCAGUGAGGGCCAUUAAUGAUCACACUGACAACAACGCUUCUCUUUCUCUCUCUCUCUCUUUCUCUCUCUCUUUUCUUCCCGUUUCAGCUGCGCAAACCAUGCAGGAUGAUUUACUGAUGGACAAAAGCAAAACCCAGCCCCAGCAACAGCAGCGGCAGCAGCAGCAGCCCCAGCCCGAGCCCAGCGCAGCCGAAGCCCCGUCCACGCCCCUCUCCUCAGAGACCCCCAAGCCGGAGGACAGUAGCGCAGUGCCGGUCCUGAGCCCCGCCGCGGCCCCACCGGCUCCCAACGGCCCGGACAAGAUGCAGAUGGAGUCGCCGCUCCUGCCGGGCUUGAGUUUCCAUCAGCCCCCUCAACAGCCGCCGCCACCCCAGGAGCCCGCGGCCCCGGGCGCGUCGCUGUCUCCGUCCUUCGGCAGCACCUGGUCCACGGGCACGACGAACGCGGUGGAGGACAGCUUCUUCCAGGGGAUCACCCCCGUCAACGGGACCAUGCUCUUCCAGAACUUCCCGCACCACGUCAACCCAGUCUUCGGAGGCACCUUCUCCCCGCAGAUCGGCCUGGCCGCCGCCUCGUCCGCUUCGUCCAGCUGGAGCACGCACCAAAGCGUGAAUGCCGCCUGGAGCGCUCCGUCCAACCCGUGGGGCGGCCUGCAGGCGGGCCGGGACCCUCGCCGGGCGGUGGGUGUGGGCGUGGGCGUGGGCGUGGGGGUACCCUCCCCGCUUAACCCCAUCUCGCCGCUCAAAAAGCCCUUCUCCAGCAAUGUGAUCGCGCCCCCCAAGUUCCCUCGUGCGGCCCCGCUCACCUCCAAGUCCUGGAUGGAGGAUAACGCUUUCCGGACCGAUAAUGGUAACAAUCUGUUGCCAUUUCAGGACCGGAGUAGGCCCUAUGACACUUUUAACUUGCACUCGUUGGAGAACUCCUUAAUGGAUAUGAUAAGGACUGAUCAUGAGCCUCUGAAAGGACGUAUGGGAAUAAAUUUCCAUCAUCCUGGAACAGAUAAUAUAAUGGCACUCAACAGUCGAUCCUCUCUCUUCCCCUUUGAAGACGCCUUUUUGGACGACAGCCAUGGUGAUCAGGCCUUGUCAUCUGGCUUAAGUUCUCCCACUCGUUGUCAAAAUGGGGAACGAGUAGAACGCUACUCAAGAAAGGUGUUUGUUGGAGGUCUUCCUCCUGACAUCGAUGAAGAUGAGAUCACUGCCAGCUUUCGCAGGUUUGGACCUCUCGUGGUAGACUGGCCUCACAAAGCAGAAAGCAAGUCCUAUUUUCCUCCUAAAGGCUAUGCCUUUCUACUGUUCCAGGAGGAGAGCUCAGUGCAAGCUCUGAUAGAUGCCUGCCUAGAAGAAGAUGGGAAGCUAUACCUGUGUGUGUCAAGCCCCACUAUCAAGGAUAAACCGGUGCAAAUUCGACCAUGGAACCUAAGUGACAGUGACUUUGUAAUGGAUGGCUCUCAGCCUUUGGACCCCAGAAAAACUAUCUUUGUUGGGGGAGUUCCACGACCCCUUCGAGCUGUUGAACUGGCAAUGAUCAUGGACCGUUUGUAUGGUGGUGUUUGCUAUGCUGGCAUUGAUACGGACCCAGAGCUGAAGUACCCCAAAGGUGCUGGCCGCGUGGCGUUCUCCAAUCAGCAGAGUUACAUUGCAGCCAUCAGUGCACGCUUUGUGCAACUUCAACACAAUGACAUUGACAAACGGGUGGAAGUAAAGCCGUACGUGCUGGAUGAUCAGAUGUGUGACGAGUGCCAGGGCACGCGCUGCGGCGGGAAGUUCGCCCCGUUCUUCUGUGCCAACGUCACCUGUCUGCAGUAUUACUGCGAAUACUGCUGGGCGAGCAUACAUUCCCGUGCCGGGCGCGAGUUCCACAAACCGUUGGUGAAGGAGGGAGGCGACCGUCCUCGGCACGUCCCGUUCCGCUGGAGCUGAGCCCCGGGCCAACCCAGCCACAAGUACUGGAGUAGAUAACAAGGAGGGGAAAGAGAGGGCACUGCCUCAGGGCUUACAGUGUUCUGGAAAUCUGUGCAUUUGUUCUCGAUUUUUAAAGAAGAAAUGGGUCUUUUAUUAUUAUUAUUAAUUAUUAUUAUUACUAUUAUUUACAGUCAUAUUACUGAACUCAGUGUCCAGUAUAAUGCAAUGUUGCAGAGUGUAUAACGGUACUGAUUUGCACUUUGAUUCACACCUUCGUCUGCUUGAUACCUUAAUUUUCUUACACCUGAUUUGUCACUUUUGACAGUGCGUAGACUGCCAUUCUCAUCAGUGGCCAUUAGACUGAUGUCUGUGACUUUCAUUUGUUGUUGUUGUUGUUGUUGUGUUGUUGUUGUUGUUGUUGUUCUGGUUGUUUUUAAACUGGAGCAUGCACUUAUUUUCAGAAACUUGGAGAGUCGCCCCUAGGACAAGACUUACCAAAGGUAACACUCGUGAGUUAGGUGGCAGAUGUAGCAAAAUUUCCCAAUUCAGCAUUCGCUAGUGGGGGUCAUUUAGAGUAGGGGUAGCCCUUAAUGGAAAUCAGCCUUUAGUUGCUCUGUAUUUUGAGUUGUAAGGAUACCUCAUAAGCUGGAUCUUUCUUUUUUACUUCAUGUUUGACCUUUUUUUGUUUUGUUUUGUUUUGCUGAGGACUUUGGUUAGAUCUUUUAAUGUUAUGUAAAUUUAUGCUGCAAUAGCUUUUGCUGCUAUUAAAAAUGGUAUUGUCAAUACCGUAAUACUCUAUUUGGGCUAAGGUAUCAAUUACAAACAAAAACCCACCAACACACUUUUGUGAUUUAGGGAUAGAAUCAGCUGCCAAAAGGGGAUCAGAAUGGACUUGAGAAAGCUUCAAUGGAAGGUCACUAUUUCUGACUGCAUGUUUAUUUAAUCAGGUUGCUGCAUGCAAUAAAUUUUAUAUCCAAUGUCUAGUAUAAAACCUUCCCACAAUGCACAAAUUAAUAAUCUAUAUAAGCUAUGAACUACUCAUUUUUUUAAAAGGAGAUUUUUUUCAUUCAAAGAGUUGGUAAUGGAGGGGAGGAAGGCAUGCCUCAGACAAUGAAAUGCUGAGUAAGAGGAGCCCAUAACAGAAUGACUUAUAUUACAACCAAUAGAAAAUCUAGGUGUAGGAUAUUCUUAAAGCAAAUUCGUGGACGGUAGAUGAAGUACUUUGCGGUGCUCUGUUAUAUAUUGUGCAAUUUAUUUUAUAUAGUAAAGUGAUUAUGUCUAACUGUGAUCAAACUUAACUGUUUAAAGCCUCUGUGUCAGACAUUAAUGAACUUGACAGUUCCUAACUGGUAUAUUAUUAAGUAACACAUGAGCUCUUAGUUACGAUCUCCUAGUGCUUGUACCAUUUUACAUAGCUCCAGACCUUGUCCAGAAAACCAAAGAGCUCAUCUUAGCUUACAAACACUAAGAAUAUAUACAGUAUCUAGAGAUAAGUUGUCAGAUUGACAAACUAGGCACACAUCUUUAAGGAAGUUGUGUAACGGUGAUGCUAAAGAAAUGUCUGUACACAGCCAGAUGGCCUGGGUAGAGCUGGCUAUCUGGUAAGAAAUUAACUACUUAGUUCCCUGGAUGUAUCCUGUAAAGCUUGAAUAGAAUUAAGCCCUGCUAGUACUACCAUGGGCAUUUUUUUAGCAUUCACUCUUGGGCUGCAGAUAGUAACAUAUAAACACACACAAUGAUUGCGAGAGUAUGUAAAUCUUUUUUGAUAUUCUUCCUAUGUUUUGGAAUUCUGGGGACAAUCUGACUGGAUAUGACGCUGCAGAGUAGAUGCGAGUCACUGUGUUCUUCGUGCCGUGACGUCCUUGUACUGUCUGAAGUUAGUAUUGUUGAUUUCCGUUCUGUUCUUCCUCCAGUGUUUAGUUGCAAUUACUGGCUCUCAACCUGUAGUUUUGUUUUCAAAAAGGCAAAACAAACUAGUAGUAGUAGUAGUUGUUGUUGUUUACUGGAUUAAAAAUGCUUCUUAGAUCCCUCCCCUUUUGAGGUUGCCUCUGGGCUUUUUGGUAAUAUUUGCUUUUUUUUUUUUUUUUUUCAGCCCAGGUAUGGUUUUGUUUGUUGUUGCUGCUGUUGUUUUCUAUGUUUGUGGGUUUUGUUUUGUUUUGUUUUUCAUCUGCACAAGAAAUUUUGUUAUGCACUACUACUUUUUGUAUUUUAGACUGUUUUCAAGUUGGCUGAAGAUUUUUUUGUUUGUUUUUAAGGAAAAUGGCAUGCUUUCUGACUGACAUGAUCUUUUGCAAUACCUCAAUUUUGAAAUAUAGGAAAGAAAAUGAUAUUUUCUAAGUAAGUUUAUUCAGAAAAAUAUAUAUUAAUUUAAUUCUGCAAGAAAAUGAUUUAACAGAUGGGUAACUUUAUUUUUUUCAUGAUUAUUUGUGUUUUUUGAAAAUGAAGACGUUAGAGCUUUAUAACUAUAAUAUUAAAGAUCAUAUCUAACCUACAGAAUCUACCUAAUUAUGUGAAGGAAGCAAAUCUUUUUGAAGAAGCUCCCCUCUUUCAUGUACUAAAAUAACACUGAGAUUUUUUAAAAGAAAAAUUUAAGCUGGAAGAUUGUACAGCAUAAAGCUGAAGUGAUGGAAAGAAAAAAAAUGGUCAAGAAGACUAGGUUACAAAAAUCAACUCCAUUUGGUGCUGGAAGUGGCGGAUAGAUGGUAGAAACUAUUUUCCCUUCAUUUGUAUAUUUCUAAUCAAGCGUUGAUUGUGCACGACUGACCAGGAUUGUGAAAGAGUUCUUCUGUUUGUAUUUUUUUAAAGAGAACUUUUUUAGUUUAUUAAAUUAUAACAUGUUCCCUUUUGUUUUGUAAAUAAAUGUGCCCCCCCAAGUUCUUAAUGUUAUAUUAAGAGAGGGUCCUUCAAAAAAAUUAUUUUUUAAAACACAGAGGUGUUUCUGACCUGCAGCUUGGCUGGGGAGCCCCCGGUGACACAGGUCCGAUGUGGCCUUUCUUUGAUGUGUGACACUUGAACUAGUGGGUUUUUUGAAGGCUAUAAUCUAACCUCGACUAUUUGUUGUUAUGUGCAAUACUGUUUGUACUGUUUGUAUAAAAAAUAGAAAAAAAAAGAAAAGAAAAAAGGCAUAAAUCUUUAUUGCAGAUUUAUUUUCAUUGCAAACUUUAGACAUUGUGAUUCACUGAAAUCAUUUUUCUACUGUCAAAUAUGUACCUUUUCUUCAUGCUGGUAUUUUUUCAAUAGUAAUGUAGCCUUUGUACUGAGACAAAUUUUCAUUGUUAUUUUUAGAAAGAUUUUUUGCUAAGAGAAAAAUUAAACAUAUUUACAUAUUUUUCAUUUUAUUUCGUAUUUUCUUUAAAGGAGUGCUUUCUCAAUCAUUAAUAGAGUUGUUUCUGGGAGGGACUUUCAUAUCUGGUCAAUGUCAUAAUAUUAUUUUGUAUUUUUACUUGGAAUAAAUUAAUUUUAUGAUGCUAA